GUUGGGCGGUGGCGGGGUCGGUGUGUGGUUUUCGGGUGCUGACCGUUCGUGGAACCUGCGAGACUGUGAUUUUAAACCUGGACUGGCGUAUACAAUUUAGCAGCGGGCGACAUCGCACGGUUGGCCAGCCUGCCUGUGAACGUCCCCGGUCGGUCGGGAACCCGGCAGUGGUAGUGUACACAUGUGCCCGUGUGAGUGCGUGCUCGGUGGGCGGUGACCGGAGUGAGCGGCCGGCCCUGUGAACGGUGCCGGUGCCGGAGGCGGCGCGUCCGCCCAGCCGUCCAGCCAUGUCCCAGCUGGAUCUCUUCCUGCCACUGCUCACCACCACCGACACCAAGAAAAAGGUAUCCAUCAGCAACGACAUCAUCAAUUACCUGGAGGAGCCGGGCAACAGCAUCGAGUGCGAGGACAUCGGUGGUGUUGUGGACGGCAUAAUACCAUGGAUGAACCAGAGCAACUUCAGGGUAUCCCAGAACGGUCUGGACAUCAUGGGCCUGCUGGUGGAGCGGAUGAAGUCCGACUUCAGGCCGUACUUCAACGCCGUGCUUCCGGACGCCGUGGACCGGCUGGGUGACGCCAAAGAGGGCGUGCGGGAGAAGGCGCAGAUCCUGCUGAUCAAGCUGAUGCUGCACACGGUGACGCCACAGCUGAUGUUCGAGCGGCUGACGACCGCCUUCUCCCACAAGAACGGCAAGGUGCGGGAGGAGCUGCUCAUCUUGCUGCAGAACGCGCUGGCCGACCACGGCGCACAGGCGAUCCAGCUGUCUCGUCUCAUUCCGUCCAUUGUGAAGCUGCUGGGCGAUCCGACGGCUCCGGUGCGGGACACCGCCUUCAACACCCUGGUCGAGGUGUACAAACACGUCGGCGAGCGGGUCCGUCUCGAUCUGCAGAAGAAGCACAACGUGCCGCCCGCCAAGCUCGGCCCGCUGAUGGCCACCUUCGACCAGGUGAAGGAGUCAGGCCAGAUGAUGCCGACGGCCGUGCUCUCGCUGGGACCGGCCGCCGACGGUGCCAAGAGAGACGGCGACGACGAUGAGGUGGACAGAAUGGCGACCAAGUCGGUGGCGCCGCGGACGUCCAGCGCGCCGCCCAGCCGCCGCGCCCCCCAGAAAGCGGCCGGAGCCAACGGCACGCUGCCCGGCGGCGGUACCAAUUCGCGGGUGCGAAGGGUGCCGUUGCUUGUCUCCGGAAAGUCGACCACCUCAGCUGCGCCCGCCACAGCGGCCGGCGCGAUCGACGAGGCCAUGUUCAUCUCGGCGUUCGAGGACGUGCCCAAGGUGCAGAUCUUCUCGCCCAAGGACCUGGAGGAGAACAUGAUCAAGAUCCGGGACACGGUGAACCAGCCGUCCAAUGCCUGGGACAAGCGCAUCGAGGCCCUGAAGAAGCUGCGUGGCAUCCUGAUCUCGGGCGGCACCCGCUUCGACGAGCUGUACCAGCAGCUGCGCCUGAUGGAGCCGGCGUUGCAGCUGACCGUGCAGGACCUCAGGUCGCAGGUGGUGCGUGAGGGUUGCAUCACGAUAGCCUACCUGUCGCAGCAGCUGGGCCACCGCGUCGAUCAUGUCUGCCUGUCGCUGCUGCCCUACCUGAUCGAGCUGAUCCCAAACAGUGCUAAGGUGAUGUCCACGUCUGGCGUGGUAGCGGUCCGCUUCAUCAUCCAGAACACGCACUACGCCCGGCUGAUCCCGAUCAUCACGGGCCAGCUGACGGCUAAGUCGCGCGAGAUCCGGCGCGCCUGCUGCGAGUUCCUCGAGCAGCUGGUGACCAGCUGGCCGACCCAGGCGCUGGAGCGGCACGUCGGCGUUAUCCAAGAGGCGGUGCGGCGCGCCGUGGGCGACGCUGAUAGCGAAGUCCGCGCCACCGGCCGCAGAACCUUCUGGGGCUUCGCCGAUCACUUCAAGGAGCAGGCGGACUCAUUGCUGAACUCACUGGACAGUCAGCAUAAGAAGCUGCUGGCCGGAGAGAUGUCGAAGUCUAGCUCAAACAAUUCCCUGACGGGCUCUUCUCUGACCCGCUCGCAUCACGUGCCCGCCGGCUCGCGCUCGCGCACCUCGUCGCGCGCCGGCAGCCAGGAGAACCUGAGCGGCCGCACCACCUCGCUGCCGCGCCGCACCGGCAUCCCGCAGCCCAGCCCGGCCCGGCCCGACAGAGUGUGUGCCGCAGGCGAGGAGUCGGCCGGCCAGGCGGCCGGCUCGCUCCGCUCCACGUCGGCCAUUGACCUGCAGGCGGCGCAGCGGGCCCGAGCGCGUGCGCAGUACGCCGCCGCUCAGCGCAUGCGCAUCGGAUCCGGCGUCAGCCUGCCGCGGCCCCGCAAGCUGGCGGCGGCCAGCCCGGCCCGCGGCCCUCCGCCGUCGGGCGCGGCCGAGUCGCCGCGCACGCCCCGCAACCGGACCCGGGGCGUGACGCAGAGCCAGCCGGGAAGUCGUAGCGGCUCGCCGUCCUCCCGCCUCAGCUACGCCACGUACACGUCCGGCCUCUCGCCGGGCGACUCGCACACGGUGGGCCGCACGCGGCGUCGCUCGGGCAUCCCGCGCUCCACGGGCACCUCGCGCGAGCCGUCUCCGCACCGCACGGCGGCCGGCGCCGCCCCGGCCUCCUCGUCGGCCGGCAAGGCUCGCUCCAGGUCGAUAGCCGGCGGCACGGAAGUGACCGCCCACGGCAAGCCGGUCACCGUGCACAAGAUCCUGCUACAGAGCCGCGAGGCCGAGUCGGCGCUGGCCGACGCCCUGUCUGAUGAUGACAUCUUCAACGAUCCAUUCUCUCUCAGCGACAGCAUGCUGCUCAAUGCCACCACCCGGUCCCGGCCGUACCGCUCGUUCGACGAGCACUCUGACGAGUCGGAGACGAGCAGCGUCUGUUCAGAGCGUUCUUACGACUCGGCCAACCGCCGCGACUACGCCGCUGGCUGGCACAGCGGCCCGCACAGUCUCUCCUCCAACCGGCUGCGAGAUGUCUGGGAGGACAGCGGAAAGGAUGUGGGCGACGUCAUCAACAGCAUGGCGGCUACCCAGUGGGCAGACCGCAAGGACGGCCUGCUGGCGCUGCAGGCCGUGCUGCGCUCCAACCGCAUGCUGACGGCCUCCGAGCUGAAGCGCAUCACAGACAUCUUCACCAAGAUGUUCAUGGAUACGCACACAAAGGUGUUCAGUAUCUUCCUGGACGCGCUGCAAGAGCUGGUGGUGCAGCACCACGCCGACCUCGGCGACUGGCUGUACGUGCUCACCACUCGGCUGCUGAACAAGCUCGGCGCCGACCUGCUCGGCUCUGUCGUGCAGAAGAUCAACAAGACGCUCGACAUCGUCAGGGCGUCGUUCCCACAUGACCAGCAGCUGCACUGCAUCUGCCGCUUCCUGCUGGACCAGACGCAGACGCCCAACACCAAGGUUAAGAUCGCCACGCUGCGCUACGUGCGCGCUCUGCUCGAGGCCAUGGAGCCAGCCGAGUUCUCCUCGGGCGACGCUGACCUGCCCCUGGCCGUCACCAAGGUGAUCGGCUGGACCAGCGAUCAGAAGUCAGUGGAGAUCCGCAACUCGGCCAAGGCGGUGGUGGUCGCCAUGUUCGGCGUCAACACGCCCGAGUUCACCCGCUUGCUCUCCCAGCUGUCCAAGCUGUACCAGGACACGGCGACGGAGGUGAUGCAGCAGCACCUGCGGCGGCGCGCCAGCAUCGACCAGUCGGCGGCGCUGAUGCGUGCCCGCUCACCGGGAUCGCCGAUGACGCCGUCCAACGGCGGCGGCGGCACGUUCCCGCGCGCUGGCGGGCCGCGCUCGCUGACACGGCUGCGCAGCGACCCCGACGAUACGGAAAACCUCAACCCCGAGGAGCUGUACAGCGAUGGGCUUCAAACGUUAGGUUCCGGGUCACUGCGCCGCACCACGGCCGAGAUCCAGAACUACAGCUUCGACGGCCGCGACGGCGGCCCGAAGCCGGAGUCGGAGCCGGAGCGCGACUCCACCUCGCAGGACUCGGGCAUCAGCCAGAUGUCGCUGGCGCUGGACCGGGCCGAGCCGGAGCGGCGCGACGAGACGCGCUCGCCAGCGCGGCCGCGCGCCGUCGGCGAGGCGGCCGCCGCCGACGAACUGCCGGCCGAGCCGCUUGGCGACGAGCACGAGCUGGUGAUGGCCGUGCUGGCCGAGCUGAACGCCGUGCAGCCGGACCGGUGCACACCCGAGCGCCGCGCCGCGCUGCUCUCGGUCUGCCGGCUGGCCAAGCUCGGCUCGGCGCAGCUCUGGAGCGAGCACUUCAGGACGCUGCUGCGCCUGCUGCUGGACAACCUGCGCGACGGCGCCGGCCCCGUGCGCGAGCUGGUGCUGGCCGCCCUCACCGAGAUGUUGCGCCGCGACUGCAUCACGCCGCUCUUCCACCCGUUCAUCGAGCUGAUUUUCCUGCGCGUGCUGGACGCGCACCGCGAGCCGAGCGAGCGGGACGUGGUGCGCGCCGCCGAGCAGUGCGCCGCCGUGCUGGCUGGCCGCCUGCCGCCCGACAGCGUGGUGCGCGUGCUCAACCCGCUAAUCCAGACGGGCGAGUACCCGGUCAAUCAGGCGGCCAUCAAGACGCUGACGCGGCUGAUGGAGCAGCACAGUCGGCAGCUGGUGGCCGGCUGCCUGUCCGAGAUCAUGCCCAGCCUCCUCAAGGCGUAUGACAACAGCGAGUCGUCGGUGCGGAAGGCGGCCGUCUUCUGCAUGGUCACUAUCCACACGCUGUGCGGCGAGGAGGUGAUGCAGCCGCACCUGGCCACGCUCAACGCCACCAAGCUGAAGCUCCUCAACCUGUACAUCAAGCGGGCGCAGGCUCAGAGUGGCCCAGGCACGCCGCGCACCAACCCUGGCUCGCCCAAGUAGCGGGCCCGCCGGUCGGCUGUGCUGCAGGCCCCGGCGCUCGGCGCGGACAGCAGCCAGUGCGCUCGCCCGCCCACCCGCGUGCCAGCUGCGUGAUGGCGCCGGCUCUCGGCCGCUGAGCGGGACUCAGUUUUCCAUUUUUGUUAUUUGCCAUAAUAGUGCGCGCGGGGACGCUAACGGCGGUGAGUGGGGUGCUAGUCACACUUAGGUGAGGGAGGCAGAGCGGACCGCGCGGCGCCCGUCUGAGAUUAACGUGUACUAAACCGGCCGGCCGUCGCGUGCGCGCCGAGCAGUGGCCAGAGCGCGCGACGGUGCGCGGCCGUCCCCGCCGCCGACGCCGCAGUGCGCGCCGAGCAGUGGCCAGAGCGCCGGUCGUCUGGCGCGCGCCGGUGUGCGGCCGUCCCCGCCGCCGACGCCGCAGUGCGCCGCGCCAAUCGUGAGGGCGACGCCCCCAGAGACUGAUCAAGCUUCUUUGCCGAGAGAAAUCUGUGAUGCCGCUGCUUGUACGGGCGGGACAGCUGUGUAAUUAUUUUAUUGUGUAUUCACGACCUAGAAAUAAACGUCUACAUAGGACUC